GUGAGUUAUUGUUGGAUGUUGCAGUCUGUUUUAUUUGUUUAUGUCAAGCCGUGUAACGAAGUCUGUCUUGGAAUUUAAGCACCUUUAUUGGAGCACCAUAAGAACAGUCUACCUACAUGUAACAGUUUUGCCUUCCCUUGACUUUGAAGAUGACUGAGAUGACUGUGUCUAGUCAAGAUAUGGAUUCCUCCAACAGUGACAUGUCAAAAGCUCUGAAUCAAGCCCCAGCUCAAGCCCCUAUGAUACAGCAGGACACUGCUCCAGCCCUAGCCAUUGCCAGAUAUGACUAUGUUCCUGUUCAUAUUUGGAAGAAGAUCUUUGUCCUUGGACUUGGUUUGUUUUUUGUUGCCUUGUUGUAUUCAUUGUGCUUCAAAGCACAGUCCCUGAAAAUUGAGGAAAACAAAGAGUUGAAGAAAGUCAAAGUAACAGCAACUCCAGGAGAUGAAAUACAAAAAGACUUUAACGAGAUUCAGCAGAAUGCAGUAAAUGUGACUCUGGACCCUGAUACAGCACAUCCCUCCCUGAUAGUGUCUGAAGAUGGGAAACAAGUGAGAAAUGGACACACCCGACAGAAACUCCCUGACAACCCAGAGAGAAUUGACCCAGUUGUCAGUGUCCUGGGAAAAGAGGGUUUCUCCUCAGGGAGAUUCUACUAUGAGGUGCAGGUGAUGAAGAAGACUGAGUGGUCUUUGGGAGUGGCGAGACAAUCCAUUAAAAGGAAGGGGAUUUUAUACCUGAAACCUGUGAAUGGAUUCUGGGCUUUUUGGCUGAGGAAUGGACAAUACAAGGCUUGUAAUGACCCCGAUGUCUUCCUCUCUCUUACUCAGAAGCUCCAGAAGGUCGGGGUGUUUGUGGAUUAUGAGGAGGGUCAGGUCUCCUUCUAUGAUGCGGAGGCCAGGUCUCUUAUCUACUCCUUCAAUGGUCAAAACUUUACUGAGAAACUCUAUCCAUAUUUCAGCCCAAGCCGUACUUAUGGUGGUAAUAACUCUGCCCCACUCAUCAUCCUACCUUUCUCUCAAUGAGGAUACAUUUGAACCAUUUGUGAUUAAUGACGGAGGGACUUUCUCAGUUAAUGUUAUUUUCUAAUCUAAAGGAAGUUUGAAAAUGCAGAUACCAUGGGAGACUUGGGAGACUUGGAAAACAGAUAAACUGAUUUAGAGAGGGUUAAAAUAAUAAGGUUUGGGUGCUUCCUCCAGGGAGAGGGGCUAUGUGGAGAUCCCAAAGGAGGAGUAAGAGUGGGGUAAAAGAGGAGGACCGGUUGUUCCAAUGUUAAUGUUGUUUUUAUUUAAUGAUACAGUCCGUUAUUUCUUGUCACUAUUUGCAAAGGUGUCGCUGUCGACCCAAAAAACUUUAAUAAAGGAUAACAUAGGUAUGAUAGUGAUUGUAUUAACAGAUUAUGCACAAAUAGACAUAUUACAGAAACAGCCCAAUGGUUUAAGGAAAGAGUUGUUAGUCACAAUGUCCCAGACUGCAUCUUUAAUAUAUGUUAACAUCUGUUCAUACUGUUACA